AUGCCGCAAAAAUUGGGCAAAAAACAAGCUUGUGGAAAUAAUCGCUUGUGUGAUCUUUAUUAUCAUAAAGCUAUUUCUCAAAAGAAUGCAGGUAAAUGUGAAGAAGCAUUGGACUCGAUUGAAAAAGCUAUGAGAUGA